ACAAGAGCAGUCUUGAAAAGAUGCCGCGCCACUCACGAUCACCUGAGGAGGUUGCGGGCCGCGUAACAAAUGCCGGCUAGUUUCCAUGUUUCGCGUCACACUCCGUGGAUGUCCCGCAAUGAGGUUCUCAUGUGAUACAUCUAUUUUACGUAAAAUUUUAUCUAGUUUUAUAUUUUUGAUAGCUCACUGCAAUAAAUCCAGCCAAUGAAGCUCGAGAGCAAUAAUUUCAAAAAAUUUUAAAAGCAUUCUUAACUUUGGGGCUAUUUUGGGGGGUUUUGGGGGUGAAAUUUUAAGCCACGCGCUGUGAGUCACUUAAAUUUGGAUUCUGCGGCUUCUUCUGCAUUCAUUGAUGUAUCCAUAUGCCAUUUUGGUGCAAUUUUAAAGUUUUUACAGGAAGUUUAAAAUUUUUCAAUUUUUGGGGGGUUUUUAGGGAUUUUUGGGUUUAAGAACACGACUUAGCGCGGUGAGCUGGACGAAUUCAGAUUCAGCUGAUUUUUCUGCGUCCAUCGAUGUAUAGAAACCUUUUGUUGCAAUUUGUUCCGGGUCCAUCAGCUUCUUUACCGGACUAUUAGCACCCCGUGACCGAGCGAUCGCUGAAUUUCAAAAACAGUCGAAAGAGCGGCUUGACACAAUGAAAAAUUUGUGUAAUAAACCUGAGCCAUCAACAGGCACCCAUCCUAUAGAUAAAUUUUUUGAAGGAAUCAGCGCCUCAGUGAAGAAUUUACCUCCCCGCUUGCAGCUCGAAGCAAAAAGAUGCGUUUCUGAUAUUGUCUUUAACCUCGAGUAUCAAGCACUGCAGGAACAGCCGGUCUUCAAUUCACAUCUACGAUCGCCGUACACCUCAAGUGCGUCCAUCACUCCUCCAAACCAACGCCACAAUGAUGCGGAUGAUUACAUUAUUGCUGACUUGUACUAGACAUUUAUCUGUAUUUAGAAUUUAAACAUCUGAAUUCAAUAAGU